CUCACAUUUCCGUUAAUUGAAUCAAAUUUUGUUCACGCUUUUGACAUUUUUGAACUUUUUCCUCGAAAACCCUUUAAAUGAAACUAUUCAAAAGCUGUAUUAUUUGUUAAAAAUUGAAAUAUCGUCCAAUAACAAUAACGACCCAUGAGCUCCAUCUAGAUUCGAUUAUGUGAAUUACCUUUUGUAAGCAAAACACAAUAAAUAGUUAAAAGUUUAUUGAAAUUUAAAAAAAUUAAAAUUAAAUGAGAUGGAGGAGCAUAUAAAGAGAGAUUUUAAUAUAAAUAGAAUGUGUAGGUCGUGCCUGACUGAAGCAGGCGAUGAUAUGAGCGAAAUAUUUGGACAUCAGGACUCCCCAGAUACUUUAAAUUUGCAUCAAAUUUUAAUGCAAUUAACAACAAAUGUUCAAUUUAAUCCAAAUGAUGGAAUGCCCGACAAAUUGUGCAAAGAUUGUACAGAGAAGGCGUUUUUAGCUUACAACUUUAAAGUUGUAUUAGAGCAAAGUGAUACAACACUCAGAAAUGUUUUUCGGGAUCAAAUUCAAACUAUAAAGAAAGAUACAGUAUUUGACCCAUCUCACGCAUAUCUUGGCUUGGGAAUCAAGACCGAAAUUGCAUUUGUUGACGCUGAUCCUUUUAUCGAUGACGAUGGUGAUUUUGAUUAUGUUCAAGCUCAACCGCAAAGUUCAGUUCAAGGAAAUCAGCAAAUGGAUAACCACAAUGUAUACCCACAUAAUGAUGAAGAGAUACUAGAUUCUGAUGAUGACGAUGAUGAUGAUGAAGAUGACGAUGACGAUGAUGACGAUAUUUCCGAGGACAUAUCACCAAAAGAAAAAGUCAUUAAAAAGAAAAUAAUAUCACCAAAAAGUACAGAAACCGUUGACUAUAUUAAAGAUGAAGAAGGAAAAUUCGUUUGUCAAAUUUGCAACAAAAAGCUGGUUGAUAAGAAAGGAUUCAAUUUGCAUCUUCGCCUCCACACUGGAGAAAACUUGAAACGUUGCAAUAUCUGCAAUCGAGGUUUCAUUAAAAGCGAUCACCUCAAAAGACAUUUACUGAUACACGAGAAAUCAGUGAAUUGUGACUAUUGUGAUGAAUCAUUUGCGUCACGUGCUGACUACAAGAUUCAUUUGAAAGAUGAGCACGAAGAUGACAUAAUACAGGAGUCUGAUAAGAUACCAAAGAGUCAAAAGCCACGUCCAAAUUAUAUGAAUGCAAUCUGCAAGAUUUGCGAUAAAAAAUUCCAAAAGAUAACAGCGUUAAGGACGCAUGUAAAUCAGCAUCUCUUAUCGACGUCAUUUGAUGAUACAGACAUAAGAAAUAAAAUUUUCCUUUUUAAUCCACUCGAGAUUGACUUGGAGAAGUCAUCAAAUCAAGAUCUUCAUUUGUAUGUGAAGAAUAAAUUAAAUGAAAAUGAAUGUGAAAAGUUUUAUCAAAUUGUUACACGUGAUGGCCAUGAACUCUUAUUAAGUGAUUCGGAGACCGAAGAUGAAAAUGAAAUGUGUCAUCCUGAUGAUAGAAUUGAGUUAUCGAUUGAGCAUGCACCGAUUUCAACAAAAAUACCAUACACGUGCUCGCGAUGCAUUAAAACAUUUGCAAGGAGUAAAGACUCAAUGACCCAUAUGAUGACGGAACAUUUACAUGAGCUUAAUGAAUUUAUUGAUAGAUGUAACACAUGCAGUAAAGUUUAUCCGAAUAAUUAUAUGUUACAAAAACAUUUGAAAUCUCAGUGUGAGAAUAAGACAAAGAAAUUAAGUUGUAGUACGUGUAAUAAGAAAUUUAUGUGGCUUGAUUCGAUGGUUAAGCACUGCGAAACUGAGCAUCCAGGAACAGAUAAAAUUAAAUUGUAUACGUGUGAGUUAUGUGGAAAGGCAUUCUCACGAUCGGAGCAUCUUGAGAGACAUCGAAAGACACACAAUCCAUCCGAAAAGAAGUUUGAAUGCACAGUGUGUCAAAAGAAGUUUAAUCGCAAAGACAAUUUACGUUCGCAUAUGAAAAUUCAUAAGGACAAUCGUGACGACGAGGAUAAACAUUUGUGCAUCUAUUGUGGUCGAGCAUUCAGUAAUUCGUCUAAUUUAAUUGUCCAUAUGAGACGUCACACUGGUGAGAAGCCAUACAAGUGUGAUUUAUGCGAGAAAGGCUUUCCACGAUCAUCUGAUCUACAAUGUCAUCGAAGAACGCACACAGGUGAGAAACCCUGCUUAUGCACGAUUUGCGGUAAAGGAUUCUCAAGAUCCAACAAACUUGUGAGACAUAUGAGAAUUCACACAGGGAUACGUCCUUACCAAUGUACCUAUUGCGACCGUGCCUUUACGCAGUCCAAUGACUUGACACUUCAUAUACGAAGACAUACAGGAGAAAAACCAUACGUAUGCGGAGUGUGUGGAGACAGAUUCAUCCAAGGUACAGCACUCAAACAGCACCAAAGAAUGCAGGGUCAUAUGGAAGGAAGCCAACCGAGUCCAUACGCAAGUAUAAGCGUCAAUAAUCCAAGUAGAUUUACAAACUCUAAUUUAGUCAAUCGACGUUACAUGGAGCAACAGGCGCAACAACAGAGCCAACAAAAUUCCCAAAUGCCAAUCAAGCCAGUGAUCCCAAGAAGACGAACAGCAAAUAGUCAGCUUUCCACAAAUGUUAAUCCAGAACAAACUACUUCAACAAUGCAUAAUCAGCCACAAGAGCAUGUUGCAAAUGACAUAAAUCGAUCACCAUCACCUCAUACGUCUGGAUCACAACAUUCGACUGGAUCUCAAACACCGAAUCCAGCAACGCAAGAUAUAAAGCCAAAUUUACAGAAUCUAAAUUUGCCACAAUAUAAUGGAAGCAUGCCACUUGUAAAUAACAUACCGAAUAUGGAGAUAGCUACACUGUUUACAAUGUCUUUUAAUCAGAACUUUCAAAAUCACUCAAAUUAAAUGUUUUUUGCUCUAAAUUUAAUGAAUUGACAACUUAUUUUAAGUAUUUUACACACACAAAGGAGAAUCAGUAUAAUGUUUUGAAACUUGUAACACUGUGAGAUGUUGAAACAAUUAAAUAUAUAAUAAAAAUCACUUUAAUUAAGC